GUCAAAAAUUGAAGUAAGGUUGACUGUUGGUUGAAGCAAGAAACUUAAAAAUGUUGUUGCAAUAAGCCGAAGAGAAUACGUACAUAUUUAGUUACUAAUAUAAAACAUAAACGUGUUUAACAUGGCUAAAUGGAAAUUAACUCGACAAAAUUUUGGAACUGAAGAGUUCACGGUCUCGGAAGGCGAUAAUGUAACCGUAGGCAGGGGAAUAAAUAAUAUUAUAACUCUUUCAAGCGCAGUUAUAUCCAGGAAUCACUGCGUUAUACAAGUUCAAAAUAAUCGCGGAAUCAUUACAGACUUAAAGAGUUCAAAUGGAGUAUAUGUUGGAACCACUAAGAUACCGCCGAAUACUCCAUAUGUCAUACAAGAUUCAGAUAUCAUUGGUUUGGGCUGGACCGUUGGAGCUCCCCUUGUUAACAUAAAUGACAGUGAGAAAUAUGUCUUCAAAUUUAUCAAAGAAACUUGUUCAUUACCUAUUACAAAUAAAUUGAAAUUUCAAAGUGAGAAUGAACUUGAUGAAAUUGAAUCUAAAAUUGCAAAAUUAGAUGGAAAUGAGAACAAUAUUCAGACUGCUCAGUCUAAAAACAAUAAAUCUCCGGUUCUAAAUGCUAAAGCACCACUAAAGAGAAAGAUAGAUCAAAUAAACGUGAAAGAAGAGCCCAAAAGUGGUGAUGAUAAUAUCGUGCAUAUUGUUUUAUCUGACAGUGAUAGUGAAACUCGUGCCAAACCACUUGAAACUGGGGCUAAGAAAACAAAACUUGAACCUAUAAGUGAAGAACAGCUGAAACCAUUACUAAAAGAUAUAGAUAUCAAGCAUGAAAAUGAAAUGGAAUUUGAUGCAUUUAAUGUAAAACAAGAAUAUCUGGGAUAUGAAGAACCAAUUUCAAUUGAUAGCGACAGUGAUAGUGAAUCUGAACAAUGGUUGAUGCGUCUUUCACAGAGCAGUCCUGGAAAGCCUUUCAUGAAAAUGGCAAAAAGCCCUAAAGUAGAAAAUACUCAAGAAGACAGCUCUUACAGCCAACUGGAUGAUUUUGUUUGUAUGAGUAAUUUGGAUUUUGAAGAAAAUGAUGAUAAAGAUGAUGAUGAUUUCGUUGAUGAUUUAAUUUCAUUAAAUUUGCGACCACCUGAUGAUGAAAUUCAUAAAGUACCUGAUAUAACAAAAGGUCGACAGGCUGAGGAUAAUGAAUCUGAAGAAUUGUUUGAAGAUAUAGUUUCUAACAAACAACCAGUAAAAGAUAAGGAUGAAAUAGAUGGAUACAGUAUGGAAGAGGUAUUGAAAGAAGCAGAUAUGCUUUUAAAAUCACCCACACGAGAUUCAGUGAAGAAGGCACAAUUAAUAGAACCCAUUGCUCAUGGAACAAAACAUAAAUCAAACCAGAUCAAAAUAAUAGAAAUCAAACCAAAAAGUUCUUCUUCAUCAAGGCAUCAUAAAGACAAAUCUUCAUCAAAACGACACAUUUCCAACUCCCAAAAGGAAGAGCGUAAGAGAAAGCUGAAGGAAAUAGCUUGCAAGGAGAAAGAAACUGAAUCAAUAGAGAAUAGAGAUUCUUCAACAAACAACAAACCAAUCUCCACUAAUGUGAAGAUUACUACCACCAACCGUGGAGCAUUCCUAACAGAUGUCGCACAAGCUAUUGUAAAUCCAAUAAAAAGAAAAGAACAUGUUCCCAAAGGUAAACAAAAAGAUGGAGAAACCUCGCCGCAAUCAAAAGAGGUAAAAGGCAAAGAAGGUGAUGUAAAUGAAGAUCUUGAAAACAAGAGAAAAGCGCCAGAGAAAACAAUCAAAGACAAGGGUGAAAGUUCAAAGCAUAAAAAUCAUAGUAAAGCCGAAAACAUACAAGAUAAAGUUACUCCAAAGCCUAUGGAAACGGAAAAAAGGUUGCCCUUGAAAAUUAUAAAACCAUUAACAGAUGGUGAAUAUUUUUCUGGCAAGCCAGUGUCCAAAGUAGGUCCUCUGAAAAACGAACAACAGAAGAAGGUGGUGCGAUUUUCAGAAGUACCACCGCAAGUCUUAGUGUUUGAAAUAGAACCUGGCAACAGAAUGAAGAAGACAAGUUUGGUGAAAACAAUGGUCGACGUGCGUCAGGCGCCAGUGUUUUCAUUAGAAAAAUUGACGCUAAUGAAAAUAUUACGAUGGAAUCCUCAGUGGUUUGAGGAACAAUUAAAUAAUACUGAGCCUCCUCCCAUACUAGGACAUAAUAAUCCGCCGAUGUCUGUUUUCCACUCGUUCGUGAAUCAUAAUCAAUAUGUACAAUUGAUAGGAGAUUUACUGCUAAUGGAGAUUUGGGAAUACUUAACGUUAGCAUAUAUGAAGAUACGUAAUCAGAACAACGGAAUAGAAUUGAGAAUAGAGUCGCUGCCGCCUAUACCUUCACACGAAAGAUGCCUUGAAUUAUUUAGCCUUAGUGUUAAUGUCUCUGUCCCUGAAAGGGGAUCCAAAAUGCUUCCUAGAGUAGGAGAAGUACUUCUGGUAAGUUUUGGUCCGGAACAUGCCAAAAAUCAACGGUUUUUCUACGUACACAAUGUCAGAUGUCUUCCAUCACCUCCAAGUAACAGGCACGCAUUUUACAGUAUAUCUCUACACGCUACCUACACUGAUAAAAUGCGUACAUUAAAACCGGGAGAGUUAAUGAUAGGUAGAAACUUAGCUUACAUCAAUAAGGAGUUGCAGUUAUUUGAAGCCAUGGAAUAUCUGGCGGGAUCGCCGCUCAGUGAUGCUAUACUCAGACCGGAGCCACACCAUUUUGUAAUGAGUCAGCAAGUUCAGUCUUUUGAUAUGCAAUCGCAGUGGACAAGAACGCUGAACCCUAGUCAGUUGACGGCGGUGAGUUCCUCCGUAGCGGCGGCAUUGGGCGACAAACCCUCUAUACAAAUGGUUCAAGGCCCACCUGGCACCGGGAAAUCAAGUGUGAUAUGCGCAAUCGUGAUGACUUACUUCUACAACGCGCAAGUGAAGAAACAACAGAACAGGGGUAAAAUAUUAAUAUGUGCGACGAGCAACGCCGCUGUCGACGGACUAGUCAUUAGAUUACUGAAUCUCAGACAAAGUUUACCAAAGUCGGAAAGGUUCCGCAUGGUCCGCGUGGGUCGAGAGGAAGCGAUGCAUCCCGAAGCCGCCAACAUCAGCUCGCAACAACUGGCCAAGCGAGACCUUGGCAGAAUCAACUCCGACCAGCCUCCCGCGCCCGCAGGACUUAACGAAGAGAUUCUACACAUAGAGGCAAAAAUAAACAUGUGGAAGACCCAAGCCCAGGACGCGAAGGACCAAUCAAGAGUGGCGUACUGCCAGGGUCGGGUCGACGACCUCAUGAAGAGAAUGGCAUUGCUCCGCACGGGCCCGGGCCGGGCGGGCGGCGCGGACGCGCUGCGGCCGGAGCAGCUGGCGCACACGGAGCGGCGCAUCAUCGAGGGCGCCGACAUCGUCGUCACCACGCUCGCCAGCGCACAGAACUAUAAGAUGAAAGGGCUGAAGCGUCGCAUAGCGCUGUGCAUCAUCGACGAGGCGGGGCAGGUGAUGGAGCCGGAGACGCUGGUGCCGCUCACGCUGGACGUCACGCGCCUCACGCUCAUCGGCGACCCGCAGCAGCUGCCCGGCUUCAUCUGCUCACAGCGAGCGAAAAGGCACGGUCUCAACGAGAGCCUGUUUUCUCGUCUAAGCUCAUGUACUGAGCAGUGGCCUAGCGGUAGUCCUGUGGUACUACUGAAUCAACAAUAUCGUAUGCAGCCUGAUAUUGCCGACUAUCCUAGUCGAGCCUUCUACGAUGGCAGGAUAAUCAGUGUACCGCCAACUAGGCCGGAUAUCGAUAUACCUGCAUACAAUAUUAUUAGUAUAUCCAGUGGAGAUAAAGGACAAGGCUUGUCGGGCGCGAACGAGCUGGAGGCGUGGGGCGUGUCGCGGCUGGUGGCGGCGCUGCUGCCGCGCCUGCGCCCGCGCCGCCUGCGCCUCGCCGUCAUCACGCCCUACAACGCGCACAAGGACCUCAUCAAGAGACAUCUGCGGACGCUGCAGCUCGGCGACAAUCAGGUGGAGGUGAACACGGUGGACAGCUUCCAGGGGCAGGAGCGCGACGUGGUGGUGGUGUCGCUGGCGCGGAGCCAGGGCGUGGGCUUCCUGACGGACGCGGGCCGCAUGAACGUCAUGCUCACCCGCGCCAAGCACGCGCUGCUCGUCUGCCUCAACCCGCAUGCGCUCAUUAAAAACCAUCAGUGGAGAACUCUAGUCGAAGAUGCUCAACGAAGAAACCUGUAUAGAGAACUACCAAAUAAAAUGUGCCAGCCAAUAACAGCGGCACAGUUGCCCAGUGAUAAUAUUUUGAGUUAUAUAACACAUAAAACUCACCGUUAAAUGUUUAUCGUAAAAAAUAUAGCUUCAUCAGUGAUAAACUAAAUUUUUAAGCAGCUGAAUUUUUCCUGGACAUGGUGAAACUUUUGUAGAAAUAUUCGCAAAAUGCUUGUAACCAAUGGUGAGCCUUUUCUGUAGUUUGUCGAAUAUGCUUUUUCAAAAGUAAUCUGUAAAAGCAACCUAAAGUAGAAAUAGAUCAACAGUCACAGGAAUACAUUAUGAUGAUGUUGGGGAAAUAAUGGGAAAAGCGAUCAUUGUAGCUUUUUUUUAACAUUCUUUGUAAGCAAGUUGACACUGCCACGAUCCUAGUUACUCUGCAAACAAUGAAUUAUGUUGACGUGUUGUACAGUUUUAUACUCUUGUAUGUUUAUGUAUUGUUAAAGAUUAUUCAUUAUAGGAUGGUAUUUUUCUAUAAUACUAUUAGUUAAUAAGUUUGCGUAUAUGGAUUAUCUAAUAGAAAUUGAAAAUUACCAAUGGAAUGAAAUCAUAAGCAGUGAUUUCAUUCGAUUUCGUAAGACUGAUACCUGGGAGGCCCAGUGUUUGUUAUAAUUUAAGUGUUGAUUGGCAGUGCAAGUAAUAUAUGAGCUUGGCAUUUUAUUAAACCGUAUUUUUGCUAUUGAAAUGGUAGACGUAAAAAUUUAUAUACCUACGUAAACGUUCAAUCGAAAAGCCGUAAACAUAAACCAACGCAACAAAGUUGCUCUAGCUAGACGCUUCAUGUACGCGUCGCUUCUCAUUGAACCAGCUCUAAUAUAAAUCCGUAUAAGCUGUUUAUCCGGUCUAAAUUCGAACAACCAUUUGACGACCAUAUUAAUAGGAGUUAAAGUAUGAAAUUGCCGAUUUGUACUGAAAAUCUAAAUUGUAUUUUUUUUUUAAUUUUUAACAAACUUAUUUAAUCAAAAUAGUUGCCAUUAUUAUCUAUACAUUGUUGCCAUCUAAAAGGAAGGUCAUUUAUGCCUUUACGAUAGAACUCUGAGGAUCUAGAAUGCACAAACUGUGUGAAAGAAUUCUGUUCUGCCUCCUGGGAAGUAAACUUCUUGUCAUGCAGAUAAUUGUCCAAAUC